AGUUGCUAUUGACUCUGAUGUAGAUUUUAUUAUUUAUGCAGAUGAUACAAGUAUGAUCAUUUCUGAUUCAAAUAGUGAACGUCUUAUCAGCAAAACAAAUAAUGUCCUUUCAAAAUUAAAAACCUGGUGCAUAAACAAUUCCCUUCAUAUAAAUGCUAGCAAGAGCAAGGCUAUAAUAUUCCAACUACAUUCCAGAACUCAAGCAACCUCAUCCUCUCUUCUGAAAUAUGGCACUGAUAUUAUUCAAUAUGUUGAAAAUGUAAAAACUCUUGGUGUAUUUUUUUCUUAUAACAUGUCUUGGAACGACCAUAUUAGACACGUUCGCACUAAACUUUCUAGAAUAGUGGGUGUGUUAAAUAAAUAUAGAAACAUUUUACCCACAAGUGUCAAAAUUCAACUUUUUAAAUCACUAUUCUAUCCCAUCUUAUGCUACGCGCACCUAGUGUGGGGGUCUACCGGCACAACGAACUUAAACUUGCUUCGAAUAUUGCAAAAAAAAGCUCUACGAGCCAUAGCUAAUGUCUCUUCAACCUCUCCAUCCUUGCCACUGUUUGAGAAGUACUCCAUACUUGACGUUUCAAAAAUGUAUCCACAACGAUUAAUAUUAACAUUCCAGUCUGCCAUGAAAGGUAAAUAUGAUACUUUUCUCGCUAUUGCGGACCUUCAUUUGCACGAUUCCAUUCGUCAAACACGUCAGAUACAUCCAUGGCAUAUACCACAAUCACGAACUAACUUUGGACGUCAAAGAAUUAAACAUGCACUUCCCGAGCUACUAAAUCAUAUCGCAUCAUUAGGAAUUGAUGUUAUGUCAGUGGGCAGAAAUGAUAUCUCUUGCAUUGUAUAAUACUUAAAACAUACCUUCUAUUG